AUGUCUUCAGUCACUGGCGUCGAAGAUCAUUUCGAAGAUGCUCAUUCAUACCUCCCAGAUGAGACCCAAGAAAGGGCAGAUUCUCAGGUGAGGUUGGAGUUGCCAACCAACAAAAAUCCGAAAUCCAGCAGGCGCAUCGCUAACGUCUACGAUUCAGUUGCUGGCCGCGUCAACAUCAAUGGAUUUGUUUCAGCCGCACCGACUGUUACGCGAUACGGCGAUACACAGUCUUCGGGCGGUCGCAAUCUUCGCCCCGAGGAGGCUCUAUAUCGGAAAAAGCCGAAAAUGUUGAGAAAGUUGAAGGAGGAUGAAUCUUAUUUUGCGAAUGAAUAUCUCGCUGCCGAUCGGCCUCUCCCAAGCUCUGAGAUCUUGACCGCAAUCCACGCCUACUCAUCCGAUUUCUACACACAUAAGCUCCGCGACGGCGGGAAACACAACUUCCAAAGCAUGGACGAAUCCGCACUCCUUGCGAUCGGCAUUUUGAUGGAGGAGCUGGCUAGAGAAAAACUUGGCGAGAACGGAGAUAUGGUUCUGACGCAAGAGCCAUGGCCCAGUGAAGACGAGGAGGAAGAGGAUGACGAGGACAACGAAGAUGAUGAAGACAACGACGGGGAAGAAGACGAGCAAGGCGAGGCCGAAGAUGAUGAUGAUGACGACGAUACUGGCCUUGAAUCUGGCUCCCAAAUCCGACAAAAGAGACGGAGGAGCAAGACGAUUGAAGGCCCCACCCAAGCAAACCCCAGCGUACCGAGUACGCGAAAGAAGGAAAAACGUCACAGAACAAAAAAGACAGAGCGGAAAGCUAUCCGGAAGGAGAAGGCGGCACAACGGAGUGAAUCCCCUCAGAAAAAGCAGAAGACAAAUAAUGGACCUGCAUGA